CUGUCUCAAAAAAAAUAAAUAAAUAAUAAAAACUUAAAAAAUAAUAUUAAAAUGAGUAUAAAUGCUUGAGGGAGUGGACACCGCAUAGUCCGUGAUGUGUGUCUGUCAAACUGCACGCCUGUAUCAAAACAUCUCGGGUACCCAAUAAAUAUAUAUACCUCGUAUGAACCCACAAAAGUUUUAAAAAAUAAUAAAAUAAUAAUUAAAAGAAAAAAGAGUCUAGGCAUGGUGGUUCAUGCUUAUAAUCCCAGCACUUUGCAAGGUGGAGAUGGGAGGAUCACCUGAACCCGAUCGGGGCAAUUUAGCAAGACCCUGUCUUUCCAAACAAAACUGAUAAUUAGGCACGGGGGUGUGCACAUGUAAUCCUAGCUACUCGGGAGGCUGAGGCAGGAGGAUGGCUUGAGCCCAGGAAGUUGAGGCUACAGUGAGCUGUGAUGGUGCCACUGCACUCCAGCCUUGUCAGUAAUCAAAAAACUCCUGACAAGGAAAAGUCCUUGGCCUGAUGGUUUCACUGGUACAUCCUACUAAGCAUUUAAAGAACUGGCUGGGUUUGGCCGGGCGCGGUGGCUCACGCCUGUAAUCCCAGCACUUUGGGAGGCUGAGGCGGGCAGAUCAUCUUAGGUCAAGAGUUUGAGACCAUGAACAAAGAUGCGCAGAUGAGAGCACCGAUUAACCAAAAGUUGAUAGAAACUGGAGAAAGAGAACGCCUCAAGGAGUUGCUGAGAGCUAAAUUAAUUGAAUGUGGCUGGAAAGAUCAGUUGAAGGCACACUGUAAAGAGGUCAUUAAAGAAAAAGGACUAGAACACGUUACUGUUGAUGACUUGGUGGCUGAAAUCACUCCAAAAGGCAGAGCCCUGGUACCUGACAGUGUGAAGAAGGAGCUCCUACAAAGAAUAAGAACAUUCCUUGCUCAGCAUGCCAGCCUUUAAGAUUGAAUUAGAUUGUGUUGUUGUGGUUUUAUUUCUGAAAGUAAAACUUGCCAUAAAUUAGAAAACAGUUUCCCAAAAUAAAAUCCUUUUUUGUAUGAUGGUAUACAGUUUUCAGUAAUGAUGUAUACAUUGUAUUGAUUUUUUUCCCUAAAUGUGUUAUUUUAAUAAAUAUCUCAUGAAUGA